AUGCAACCCACGACACGGCCAACUUCGACCUCGACCAGGCCCGCGGCCUCGCCGAAUCCUCGCGCUCAGGUCAACACGCAAACAAAAAUUCUGGACACGUUCUCUGGCAGAAUUCUAUGUUUGGCAGACAUUCGCGGUCACCUUUCAACUUUGAAUGAAUUGGCGAGGGAGGCAAAUGCGAAAGCCAUCAUUCAUACGGGAGACUUUGGCUUUUUUGAAUCGGCGAGCCUUGACAGAAUAAAUGACCGGACACUGCGCCACCUUACGAUGUACUCGCCUCUGAUUCCUUCUGCACAGCGUACACAUCUUCUUUUACCCGACAACCCUCCGUCUGUGAUUCGUUCGACCGUCAAUGUCUCCCUCUUGUCCGAAUUCCCGCUGUUGCUCUCUGGGCAGAUAAAACUGGAAGUACCGGUAUUCACGGUAUGGGGUGCGUGCGAAGACGUGUCAGUGCUUGAAAAGUUUCGUGCGGGGUCAUACAAUAUCGAGAACUUGACGGUAAUCGACGAGGCUACGACGCGUUGUCUGGAUGUGGGUGGCGUGAAGCUGCGUUUGCUGGGUCUGGGUGGCGCGCUUGUUGCUCACAAAAUGUUUGAUAACGGGGAGGGAAACGCGACGAUAGCCGGAGGACAAGGGACUAUGUGGACGACUGCCCUGCAGAUUGGAGAGCUGGUGGACACGGCCCAGCGGGUAUACGAUCAAUCUGAGACACGGCUGCUGAUCACGCAUGCGAGUCCUGGACGCGAGGGGAUCAUGGCGCAGCUCGCGCUGGUGCUCAAAGCGGAUCUCACGAUGUCUGCCGGCCUCCAUUUCCGAUACGCAACAUCGUACAACGAGUUCAGCGUGCAAAACGACUUCAAAGGCUUCCGUGCCAAACUUGAAGCUGGGAAGGAGGCGUUCGAUAAAGUGUGGGACAGCGUAAAGGGACAGGUCGACAAAGUCAUUGAUGACAACCAACGGAUACUACUGGACAAAGCACUGAGCGUUGUCGCUAGGAUUCCUCCUCUUGAUCCAGUGGCAGGCCCCUCCCCGGCGGCCGCAGCCGCAGCAGGCGACGAGAUUGCAUGGAAAAACUGCUGGAACUGGAAUCUUUGCGACGCAGCCUAUGGAACGCUUAUUCUCGAUAUCAAAGAGGGAAGGAUUAGUGCUGAAUUGAAGAGCCAAGGAUUCAAUUAUGCCUACCGCCGGUCGGCUACAGUAGCACCUACGCCAAACUCAUCUACAUCUGCCCUUCCGUUGGCUACGAACGCUAAUUCCACGUCGGCGCCUACAAAAGUUGCCACUCCUGCCCCACCGAUAGACUCCUCGACGCCUGCCGAACGCAAAUCUGUUGCACCCACCCCUCCCCCACAGCAAUUCAACCGCGGUGGAACCGGCCCUGGUACCCCUAAAGAGUCAUCUACGCCUAUAGUCAACGGUUCAUCACCUGGUAAUGCAUCAUCGCCAGUAGGUGAUAGAGCUGAGCGGGAGAAGGCCAAAAAGAAAGAUAAAAAGGAGCGUAAAGAUAAGGAACGGGCAGAGAAGGCAGAGAAGGAUCGUGCUGAGAAAGAUGGCUCCGAGGACAAGACGGACGCUCCCUCUAUCGAUGUUGAUGCUCGGGCACCAACAGAGGCAUCGGCAGCAGACGCAAUCAAGGAUAUCGAUGACCUUAAGAGUCCUGGUACCGAACCUAGCUCGGGGAUUCGUACACCUACAGGCCGGAAACCUCGCGAACGGAAUCCGUGGACUAUCUUCAUGCGAAUGACCGUUGCUGUUACGGAACCUGAGUUAAGGGACUUUUUUGGAGAAGCUAAAGGAGGGAUAACUCGCGUGACCAUCCCCGCGCCAUUCCCUGGUCGUAGCCAAAGGAUUGCGUACGUUGAAUUCGGGGACGAAGAAGCUAUGAAAGCCGGGCUUGAGAAACACGCGGAGAAACUCAAGGAUACGACACCUGAAGUCAAACAAGCGCAAGAUCGUGAAGCUCGUGGGGAACCUCACCGAGGGCGUGGAAGGGGCCGAGGAGGGUUUGCGGCAAGAGGGCUCGCAGCUGCUGGCCUCACGCGCGGCGGGUUCCACGGGCCCAGAAGCAAUGCGGACGAAGGCAGCAAAGGUGGAGAUGACGCUUGA